AUGCCCUCGCAAGCCCACCUCACCCGCCCAGAGCUCCAGGGUCGUCGACAUUGGUCGGGUAUAUCAAUUCUUUCGAAGCGAUCCUUUCGCUCCUUUACAUCUUCUUUCGAGGCUGAUGACGAGCGAUCCUCGACCUCCGGCAACAUGAGCUCACACAGCAGUGACAGCGAUCUGCGCCGUCUCGGCGCGCCUUACUACUCGGGUCACGAUGCGCGGCCGACUAGCAGCAAAGAACUGCUUGGUUGGUACAUGUACGGUUUUGCGGCCGAAGUUUAUGUAGUGUGUGGAAUCGGUUCAUUCAUCCCCAUUCUUCUCGAAACCUUGGCACGAGAAAACGGUGUACUCGUUUCAGACCCUACGAAGCCAUGCGGAUCGAGCGACAGCAAAGGCGGAGAUGACGGACAGUGCGUCGUCUAUGUCUUGGGCCUCGAAAUCAACACCGCAAGCUUUGCGAUGUACACUUUUUCUGUCAGCGUCCUACUACAAGCGCUUCUGGUAGUGAGUAUCAGUUGCGCUGCCGAUCAUGGACAUUACAGAAAGAAACUUCUCUUGACGUUUGCUUGGCUUGGCGCUUUCUGCGUCAUGUGUUACAUCUUCAUCAGCAAAGAGACAUACAUCCUUGGUGCAAUUCUCACUAUUCUCUCCAACACGUCGUUUGGCGCAUCCUUUGUGCUUUUGAACUCUUUCUUGCCUCUGUUGGUACGAAAUCACCCCGAAGUCAUUAAUGCUCGGCGUGGUAUAUCACCAGACUUGGCGGAUUCUGCGUUGGAGUCUCGAGCACUGGAUGAGUCGGUCGGCACUCUGGAGGAUGAUGGUGCUGAUCCAACUUCGCCGCUGCUGCCGAACGAUGACCCUACCUCUAGUUUUCGGCUUCGUAGGAUACCAACGCAUGAAGAACUUACCUCAACAGAGCUUCAGCUGUCCUCUCGCAUGUCUGCGAAGGGCAUGGGCAUUGGUUACAUUGCUGCCCUCUUUCUGCAAUGCCUAUCCAUUGGCAUUUUACUUGCCAUGAAAAACACAACAUGGUCUCAGAGAGUAGUUCUCUUCGUCAUUGGAACCUGGUGGGCAGUGUUUACUGUCCCGUCAGCCAUGUGGCUACGACCCAGGCCUGGACCACCCUUGGUGAGCACUGGGCGGAAGGGCGCUUUCGGUUGGAUACCAUAUUUGACGUAUGCUUGGAAGUCUCUUUUCCGAACCGUUCAGCAAGCCAGACGUCUGGCGGACAUCAUGCUGUUCCUUGCUGGUUGGUUCCUACUUUCCGAUGCCAUCGCGACGACAUCCAGCACCGCCAUUUUAUUCGCCAAGACACAAUUGCACAUGCGCCCAUGGGCACUGGGCAUGAUUAACGUUAUAACAACUAUGUCAGGAAUACUCGGUGCCUUUGGUUGGCCCUGGGUUUCUCGGGCUUUGGGCUUGAAAGCUCAUCAGACGAUCCUGGUCUGCAUCGCUCUUUUUGAACUCAUUCCUUUGUAUGGAUUAAUGGGGUACCUCCCAUUUGUGAAACACUGGGGCGUUAUCGGUCUCCAACAACCGUGGGAGAUGUAUCCAUUGGCCGCCAUAUACGGCCUUGUCAUGGGCGGUCUAAGUAGUUAUUGCCGUUCACUCUAUGGAGAGCUGAUACCCCCUGGGUCCGAGGCUGCAUUCUACGCUCUGUACGCCAUUACAGACAAGGGAUCCAGCGUCUUUGGCCCAACCAUAGUUGGGGCAAUCAUCGACAGGACCGGCAGUAUCCGUCCAGCAUUUUGGUUCUUGGGAGCAUUGGUUGGCCUACCAGCACCGUUAAUUUGGCUGAUUGAUGUUGAGAGGGGAAAGAAGGAAGGCGAGAAGCUUGUCGCCAAGAUUGAGGGCUCUGAGGUGUGCGUGUCGCAAGAGGCGCAUUUGGUGGACAACGACGAGGACGCGUAG